AUGCGACUGGUGAUGGUGCGCUUGGUUUGUCCUAUAUACGAGCUGCCGCAGCUGCAGUUGAUUUUUAAGAUAGCACAAAAACUGCGAUCGCCCAAAGACCGUAUUCCGUUUGAAACACCCGGUGUCUACAAAAUCAACUGCAGCUGCGGCAGCUCGUAUAUAGGACAAACCAAGCGCACCAUCACCAGUCGCAUAAAGGAACAUAUACGAGCUGUUAAAAACAACGAUCCUCAGAAGUCGGCAAUAGCUGAACACCUUUUGGACCCCUCCACCAAUCACUGGAUUGAACUUCAUAGUCCCCAGGUACUAUCGACAGAACGCCACUACAUACCAAGAUUGGUAAGAGAAGCGAUUGAAAUUGCUAAAUGCAAAAAUUUCAAUCGCGAAGAUGGGUUUAAAUUGUCGAGUGCCUGGAAUCCAGUGAUCCAGUAUUACAACAAGACUGGACAGCAACCGACUUCGAGUACGCGCACAAAUGUGGACACAGUGAGUGUAGUUUGUCGACAAACAAAAAUAACAUCGAGUGCGGACUUAAUGUGCGGUGAGAACGCGGACAGUGGUAGUGGUCGCCGAAUCAGAAAGAAGGUAGACCGAUACGGCUACCUUUAA